AUGUCGGAGGCUGGAUUCAACCUUCGUUCAUGGAGUUCAAAUUGCUCAAAACUUACAGAUUUAGCCAAAAAACAUAACGUAUGUGAAAAAGAAACUUUUGUCAAAAUACUUGGACUGAAAUGGGACACAGUUAAAGAUACGAUAACUUUUCAAAAAGUCGACUUAUUUGAUAAUGAACUACCUAAUAUUACGAAACGUGAGAUUCUUAAACAAUCUUCACGUAUUUACGAUCCCCUAGGAUUACUUAGCCCUGUAUCCGUACGAGCAAAAAUCUUAAUGCAGACAUUGUGGGAACAGAAGUAUGGAUGGGAUGAGCCACUACCAUUAGAAAUACAGACAACAUGGGAAAAUUUAGCCAAAGAUUUGGAGAAAACGACUUACACAGAAUUGAAAAGACCGUAUUUUCCCAAUUUACCAGAUCAGAAAACCCAACUUCACGUUUUUGUAGACGCUAGUACAACUGCAUACGGAGCAACUGUUUACAUAUGUAACCAUCACGAGUCAUCAUUAGUUAUUGCAAAGAAUAGAGUAGCACCGCUUAAGCAAUUGACACUACCACAGCUGGAAUUAAUGGCCGCAUUGAUUGGAACACGACUAGCCGAUCACGUAAAAUCAGUUCUACACAUAGAAGACAUAACUUUUUGGUCAGACAGUCAGAAAGUGCUACAGUGGUUAUCAACUUCAAAGCAAUUAAAAAGGUUCAUACGAAAUAGAGUAACGGAAAUACGCAAAUUGACCAAUACACAAGAAUGGAGAUAUUGCCCAACGAAAGAUAAUCCAGCUGACCUUCUUACUAGAGGACUCAGCGCGUCACAGUUUGAAAAGAACACACUAUGGUUCAACGGACCCGAAUGGAUCACUGAUGCAUCAAAAUGGCCGUCAUGGAAGCCAAAUGACACAACAGUACUACUAACCAGUACAGAUAUAGAAGAUUCAAGUACAGAAGACAAUGAAAUAGAUAAUCAACAAGGAAUACACCAAAUUGUGCAAAUUACUAGAUAUAGCACAUUAUCAAAAUUACUACGAAUUACAGCUUAUCUAUUACGAUUUAUACGAAAUUGCCGUUCGCAAAUAUUACAGAGAAAUAAGGAAAAGUACGUUACAAGAGAGGAAUUACAGGAUGCAACAGAGUGUUGGAUACUAAAUUGCCAAAGAACUUCAUUUAAGGACGAAAUGAUACACUUGAAAUUAAAGGAUACUAAACCUACUGUUUUAGUUAGACAACUUAGAUUGUACCUGAAUGACAAAGACGCAAUUUGCUGUGGAGGGAGAAUUCAUAACGCACCUGUUUGUGAAAAUACGAAAUUUCCUUAUUUGUUACCCAGAAGUCAUCAUUUUACGAAAUUAGUUGUUCUUGAUAUACACAAGUACAUGAAACACUCAGGAGUUUUAUCAACAGUGACUCAGAUACGACAAACUUACUGGAUACCCCGAAUUCGCCAAUACGUAAGAGGAAUUUUGCGAAAUUGCGUAAUUUGUCGAAAAAUCAACAGUAAACCAUAUACAGCACCUGAUCCGCCGCCACUCCCAAAAGUUCGAUUACUGGAAGCGCCGCCUUUUACAAUUACCGGCGUCGACUUUACUGGAGCGCUGUACGUUCGUGAUACACAUGAUACUGAAAACAAGGUUUUUAUAUGUCUGUUUACUUGUGCUUCAACGAGAGCCGUACACCUGAAGGUUGUACCGGACUUAUCAGAAAAAUCCUUUUUACAAGCCUUUAGAAGAUUCGCUAGUCGUAAAUCUAGACCACAUACCAUGAUUUCGGAUAACGCCUCGACAUAUUUAGCCGCCUCGGAAACAUUAAAGAAAUCAACCGAUUCACCAUCGCUAAACAAUACGUUAUCAACAUAUGGAACAACUUGGAGAUUCAUACCGAAAAGAGCGCCCUGGUAUGGUGGAUGGUGGGAACGCCUUAUAGGAAUAACAAAAACUUGUUUGAAGAAAACAUUAGGCAGAUCUUACGUUACCAUGGAUACACUUCAAACAAUUCUGACAGAAAUAGAAGCGAUCAUUAAUGAUAGACCAUUGACCUACGUAUCACCGGAUAUUGAGGACGAGGAGCCGUUAACUCCGUCACACUUGCUGUACGGAAGAAGAAUAACUUUAACGCCGUAUCCACAACCGAAUAUUGAAUACAUUGCCGUGAAUAGUGGAAAACAAGAACUGCAUAAACAUUUGAAUAAACAGUCGAGUUUAAUGGAGCAUUUUUGUAACCGGUGGAAAUCCGAGUACAUAACGACCCUGAGAGAGUUUCAUCGCCAAACAGGAAACAAUUUACAAACUAUUCAAGUUGGAGAUGUAGUGCAAGUCCAAGAUGAUAAAUUACCGAAAAACCGAUGGAACAUUGCCGUUGUUGAUGAAUUGAUCACCGGAAACGAUGGUUUUACACGAGCAGCUAUAAUACGAACUAGUGCAGGACGUACUUCACGCCCUAUAGUAAAACUGUACCCGCUCGAAAUCCGAACAAACAUAAACAAUUUAGAUGACAAAAAAGAUGAUACUUCAACAGAGGGAUUGACAAGAAUUCUACCAAAACGAGAGGCAUCUGUCCGAGCUCGAGAGAACAUAAAGAAAUGGACUACCCAAAAGUGA